AUGUUUUUACGCUCCCAGGUCGCGUCCGUGUCCCUGACGCAAGAUCAGGAGACGCCGCAGCCGGAACUGGUGACUGAGACUGGGCAGAUAGUGCGGCAAAGUCACGGAUCUUUCUACAUCGGAUGGAAGACAGCGGAGGUGGAGGAAGAGUACCGCGUGCUGAACAGUGGCAAGGGUCAGAAGAGAAUCCGGGACAGAAUGUCAAACUUGUGGACCCCAGAACGCAUGUUCAGGCUUGUGGAUGUGGAUUUGCAGCAGCAGAAGGAGUGGGUCACAGGGGAACUGGACCGCAACGGUCUACCGCUCUUGCGGCAGCCAGAGGUGGAAGACGUUCUGAAGGUGGCGCGCUCGAGGGGUCUUGGAAGCAACUUGUCGGUGAAACCGGGCUCGGUGCGCUGGUUGACGCACUUCCGAGUGAACUCGCGACAGGUGGAGUGCUACGGUCGGGGUCGCGUCUUUCUGGCCGGCGAUGCCUGUCACUGUCAUUCGCCCCUGGGAGGACAAGGCAUGAACAUGGGCUUCCAAGACGCCAAGAAUUUGGCCUGGAAGCUGGCCCUGGCGAUCCAAUGCGGUGGUCCUACGAGUUCGCUGUUGACGUCCUAUGAAAGUGAACGCAAGGCGCAUGGCAAUCGACGGCAGUCGGUUUGCUGGGGUCCAUGGCGUUCAGGGGCCACUGAAAAGUGCGCGUUGCGCAUUCCGCAGACCAUGGAGACCAAACUCCUCACGGGCAUUGAACGAGUGGGGCCCCAGUUUAGGAUCUUCUUCAUGCGCGGCAGGGGUCAGCGAUUGGCCAACAUGUUGACAUUCUUGCAACCUGCGGCUGUAGCACUCUUGGCGCAGCAGGCCUGGUCCUAUCGCAAGUCCUCGAUCUCCAUGGAACACUGGGAGCGGCCUGUGCCCACGUGCUUCCCCAUCACAAGCAUUUGCCCGGCCGGGGGCUACCGACGUCGUCAGAACUUACAUCGAUGGCUGGCCACCAGGAUCCACGCGGGAGAUCGCGUACCUGAUGUGUCUCUGCCGGGGGGUCAACAUUUGCACCAAGUGCUGAAGAAGUCGCGAGGUUUCACCUUGCUGAUCUUCGAAGGUUCGGCUCCGGAAAAUCAAGAUAUGGAGAAGCACUUGCACAACAAAGUGUUCCUCUUCGGAAAAAGGGAGUAA